AUGGCACCUUUACCACCAUGUCGGGUUAUGGCGUACGAACCACCGUUCACUUACGUGGGAAUUGACAUGUUCGGACCUUUGUUAAUAAGACAAGGUCGAUCUACGCCUAAAAGAUGGGGAUGCAUUUUUACGUGUAUGACCACUCGUGCAAUACACCUGGAAGUCGCACCGUCACUAGAAACUGACGAUUUCAUUAAUGUUUUGCGACAAUUUAUCGCCCGACGUGGAACCCCGAAAGAAAUACGAACGGACUGUGGCACGAACUUCCGUGGGGCUGAUAAAGAGUUAAAAAGUGCAACGAAAGCUUGGAGUGAAGAUCGUCUUGAAGAUCAAUUAUCCCAGCGAGGAAUUGACUGGAUAUUUCACCCACCGAAUGCACCGCAUUUCUCUGGCGUGUGGGAAAGGCUAAUAAGGGAGACAAAACGUGCAUUGAAAGCAAUCUUAAAGGGGGCCUUGGUAACAGAACAUGUACUGCGAACAGUUUUCUGUGAGGUAGAGUCGAUACUUAAUUCACGUCCUCUAACGAGAUCAAGCGAGGAUGCAGCUGAUGCUACCGCCAUUACGCCUGCCCAUUUUUUGCUGCAGAGACCAGCAGUUGUUGUUCCCAUUGGAGAUUUUAACGAAGACUCGAUUAUUGGUAGAAGAAAGUGGAAGCAAGCUCAAAUCCUUUCAAACCACUUCUGGACUAGAUGGGUACGAGAAUACCUGACUACUUUGCAUUUACGUCAGAAAUGGUUAAAGCCUCAACGCGAUGUUCGUGUCGGAGAUUUGGUCCUGGUACAUGAAAAGAAGAUACCAAGAGGAUUGUGGCCUAUUGCGAUAGUAAGAAGAGUUUUUCCUGGACGAGACAAUCGUAUAAGAACUGUAGAGAUUAAAACAAAGGAUACUGUCUUAACCCGACCAAUUGUGAACAUUAGUCUCUUGGAACAGUGUGAUAAUUAA